UUGUCAGAAAUAUUGGCUUCCUUGCUUGGGAACAAGACCUACAGUAAUGUGUCCACAUUUAAUACUAUUUGUGAACAAUGCAUGAAGUCAGCAAUUAACUGCUAUACAUUCAUUAAAAACGUCAAAGAAAACUCAGAGCAACUAUGCAGCACAUUAGAAGUUCUUUCAAAUUGUUUUGAAAACACUACACAGGAAAUAAGUGAAUGCCAAAGCUUGUUUAUAUCCUUAGAUAUAGAUAAUUAUACCAGUAAACAGUUUUACGAUUCUAAACAUCUUAGCAAGUUAUCUCAAGCAGCUGGCUUGCAAAGAUUCCAGUCCAUGAUUCAUACAGAACAAACAAAGCCAAAAAUUGAAGUAGAGAUAUUUUCACAAGACAUUAAGGAAGAUAAAAGCAUCACACAUUUUCGAAAAAAAGGAAAAAGGCUUAAAUCAAGAGAAAACACUCUUCCUGUACCAAUACCUACCAGUGAAAUGUUGUAUGACAGAAAUGACAGAAACAAUUUUAAAUGCAAAGAUUGCCUGAAGGAUUUUCCCUCUCUAUCUAACUUAAGAAAUCACUAUAUUAGGGUUCAUGCACCAAAAGCAUUCAAAUGUUCUGUUUGUCAUAGAAAAUUUGGAUCACAGUCAAUUUUAGAUGCCCAUAAAAAAGAAAGUCACUGUACAAUAGUGUGUAGUGAAUGUGGGAAAACAUUUCACAACAGGCACACUCUGAGAAUGCAUGAAAUUGCUCAUGAAGGACUCAAACUAGUAUGUCAGGACUGUGGCAGAAUAUAUAAAAGUCACACAUCAUUCAAAAAACACAUUGAUCUAAAUGUAUGUGGGCAGAGAACUAGAGCAAAUCCUGCAGAAGCAAAGUUUACAUGUGAUUAUUGUAAUAAAAAGUAUACCCAGAAAGUCUCAUUAAGGGUUCACAUACAACACGAACAUGGAAAUUACAAAAGUCAUGAGUGCAAAUGGUGCAAAAAGAAGUUUUGGGCACAAAGUAGAUUGAAAGCGCAUAUAGUGAAGCAUACACAGGAGAAGAACUUUCAUUGUGAUAUCUGUGGGGGGAAAUUUGUUACAAAAGAGUCGCUAUUAUAUCACACCCGUACUCAUACAGGUGAAAAGCCCUAUAAAUGUGAACAUUGUGAAAGUAGGUUUUUGUCAGCGUCUCGUCGUGCAGAACAUAUAAAAAGUCAACAUUUAAAUGCAACUUUGGAAUGUGAUAUCUGCCAUUGCAAGUUUAAAACGCAACAUUGUUUACAAAAGCAUAAGAAAACACAUUCAGUAAUAAAUAAUAAUGGUGUGAAUUUAAUUUGUCAAUCUUUAUCUGGUGAUUUAAACAUCCAAGUACCUGAAAAUGAUAAAAUAUAUCUUGAUGUUUCUGAUGAUUGUGAUGAUUUUAAUGUGGGAAUGACUAACGUAAAACUUUAG